AGACGAUCUCUACGCCAGGUUCGAGUCUUGCAUUUUCGAUGUCCAACAGAAGUGUGGCCUUAAGAGCAUGCUCUUGGAAAAGAAGCUCCAUGUUGUCCAAGAACAACUGGAAAAGAAGGAGGCUCAACUUGGUGAAUCACUCGCCGGGAAACUCCAACCCGGUAAAGUGGACUACAAGUUUGACAAGGUGUUAGAAACCAAGAACCAGCAAAUCAAGUCUCUCUAUUACGAGCUUGGAAGAGUUACAAAGGCACACGAUUCUAUCGUCAAGGCUUUCGAGGUUAAACUAGCGGCGUUGGGCAUCCCCUUGCAAGAGAUGGGCUUGCCUUACUAUCUAUCAAAGAUCCAGCUUUGAAACUCAACGGCUAUACUUUAGCCAUGUGUUUCAAGAAGCUGAUGCCACGUGUCCUGGGGCUUAGGGUUUAGGGCUCGGGAAUGCGGAGGUUCCUCUCCGUGAAGCGCGCGAGAGCCGCGAGCACUGUGUCCUCGUCGAUCAAGGAUUUUGGAGAGCCUCCGAUCCUCUCGCAGCGGCGCGUCGUUGUUACGGGAUUGGGAUUGGUAUCGCCGCUGGGAUGCGGGAUAGAUUACGCUUGGGAGAGGCUUCUCAACCGUAAAUGUGGUGUGCGCGCGCUCAAACAAGACGAUUUGAGGCUGGAACACGAAGAUGAAACGAUUCGCGCCGCGGCAAUGAAUAAUCUUCCUUCUCAAGUCGUGGCUGCUGUUCCCUACGGCACGGGGCUCGGGGAUUUCAAAGCAAAUCUGUGGAUGUCCGAGAAGAAGUUUGCUCCCUUCAUUGCUUACGCAAUGUGUGCUGCUGCUGAGGCUCUUUCUGACGCGGAUUGGAAUCCUUCCGAGAGUGAUGAGGCCAGCGAAAGAACGGGUGUGGCAAUAGGUGGUGGCAUCGGGUGUAUAACUGAUGUUUUGGAGGCGGCCCAGCUCAUUCGUGAUUAUCGGAGUAACAGAUUAAGUCCUUAUUUCGUUCCUCGCAUCUUGAUAAACAUGGCCGCGGGAAAUGUUAGCAUAAAGUAUAAGCUGAAGGGGCCCAACCAUGCGGCAGUAACUGCAUGCGCGAGUGGUGCUCAUUCAAUUGGAGAUGCAUUCAGAAUGGUUCGAUUCGGAGAUGCAGAUGUUAUGAUUGCAGGUGGAACGGAGGCCAGCAUCGAUGCGCUUUCACUAGCGGGCUUUUCCAGAGCAAAGGCGCUAAGCACUAGAUUCAACGCAUGUCCCGAACGUGCUUCACGGCCAUUCGACAGUGAUCGUGAAGGUUUUGUGAUUGGAGAAGGCGCGGGCAUUAUGAUUCUUGAGGAAUAUGAGCAUGCAAAAAGACGAGGAGCAAAAAUGUACGCGGAAAUCCGUGGAUAUGGGAUGUCGGGUGACGGCCACCACAUCACUCAACCGUCUGAAGAUGGGAAAGGAGCUGUUCUGGCUAUGAAUCGAGCUUUGCAGCAAUCCGGACUGAAACCCAAUGAAAUCGAUUAUGUCAAUGCUCACGCAACAUCGACUCCGCGAGGUGACAAAGUUGAGGCUGUGGCCAUCAAAACUGUAUUUAAGGAGCAUGCAGUAACUGGAAACCUUGCGUUUUCCUCGACCAAGGGAGCCACUGGACACCUCCUAGGGGCUGCUGGAGCCGUGGAGGCGAUCUUCUCAGUUUUGGCGCUACAUCACGGGCAAGCUCCGCCAACUUUGAAUCUGAUUCUACCCGAUCGGGUUUUCCACGACGGCUUUGUACCCAUCGGCUCUACAAAGGCUAUGUCCAUUCACGCAGUCUUGUCAAAUUCAUUUGGCUUUGGAGGAACGAAUGCAUCCCUGGUGUUCACCUCUCCUCCGAGUCACUAGAAAACAACAACAUUCUAGAUUGGAGAGGAUUCUCUCAAAAUGACUCAAAAGUUCAUGGUAUUACAGUCCGUUUGUGUUCCUGGGGACUCGUUAAACAUUGCUCGAAGCAAUAUGUUAAGUACGUAGCGUCUCCAGCGAUCUCCUGCGAAUCAAGCAGGAAGUCGCAAUUAGCUUUCGUCAUACUUAUGACUUGUCUUUAGAGAUACUUUACUAUGGCUUACAUCGUGUUAAUCGGCUGAGGCUCAAGAAAUGAGCACUUAAGUUUUCAAAGACCGUGUUUCCCUCGACCAAGGUAGUCCUGUCAAAUGCACUUGGAGGAAGAGAACAAAUGCGUUUGUGGUGUUCUCCCGGAGCUCAGCAGCUAUGCAACUGAAAGAGAGAGCCUAGACAUCAUCAUGGUGUGACUCGCAAAUAAUGCAACAACAAAGGUGUAGAUUGGAGAGAAUUGUCUUCCCAAUCGACAUCACAGACAGAUAAGUUCCAACCCCGACUCUUAUGGAAUCCACGCUGUUCUAAUUGCCUUUUCGCGCUGGAUUGAUUGUCUGGGAUUUCCAGUUAUCAGAGGUUCUACCUUUUGGCAAGCGUUCUCAUACAGUACUUUGAAGUUUCCACGCGUCGCUAUGGAGCUCCCGACGCGAACUUGCUAAAGAGCUUCAUAGAAGGUUCGUGUGUUCGUAUUUUCCAUACAAUCCAUACGUCGCUCUUUGGUGCCGUCACGUUUAGAAUGCAAGCUGGAAAAACAAAGAAAGAAAACCAUCGAUCCCGGUUGUCCAAGCAAAGAAUCUUUGCCAAGCAUUCAGAGCCGGUGCUUUUGGGAUACAGCUCAAACGUUCUCCAAGGCUCGUUUUCCAUCAUUGAAAAGGGAAUGCGUACAAAGAUUUUUUCUCCCCAUGAGGAAUUUGCCAGACCCACCGAAUCAAGAAAUCAAAGGUUUGCAAAGCUUUGCCCAAGACUCCGUAAAAGGGCCUGGUUGAGCGACACGUCCGGCUUGAGUGGCGGUCCAAAAGUCUAAGAGUCCCAAUGGACGGAGAUUCGAUUAGCAGCCAAUUUCUGAAGAAGACAUGAGUGGAGAGUGCGCGAAAACAAAGACCCGUCGGCCGGGCUCUCGCCGUAUAAAGGUGUCUGCUCCGCAGCACACUCUUUCCAGCUUACUAAGUUCCACGAUCAACUCUAUCAUCGAUCGAGUCCCGAGCAAAUUCUUCCACGACCACCUCCGAAUCCCCGAGCAGAGCGACCAUGAGGAUCGAGACGACAGCUAUGGAUGAUUUGUGGCUGGGGAUGCUGACACUAGCGCUCGUGUACAUGGUGAUGAAGACGGUGGCGACGCUUGAGAAGAUGAGCAACAAGGCGGACGCGUUUGUGAGUCGCAUUGGAGCGGAGGUGGAGUCGGCCGGGAACAAGCUGAGCCAGGAGGCGAGAUGGAUCGUGCAGACCCUGGAGAGAAACGCUCUGAGCUACACGGGGGACCUCCUGGACCACGUCCAGAGCGUGGAGCUCCAAUGCUACAGGAGCAAGAACGGCAUUGCGUUUGGGCUUGGGCCAAGGACGCUCAAGAAGAAGAAAAGGAGCCAUCACCACCACCAUGCACUAGCAGCACUCUCUCAAGAGGAUUCAUCAGCCUUGCAAAACACUCACCACCACCACCACAGCACUCUUUCUCUCCACAAAUGCAUUGACAGGAUCCUCAAGAACAGAUACAAGUGCAAAUGGCCACUCAGCCUUUCUUUCGGCAAGCAGCAGCAACAUCGCCAUUUGCAGGCCGUUGAGAGCACUACUUAGUCCUGCACUUGGCAACAUGUGAAAAAAGCAUUGCAAAUAUCGGUAGAGUGUACAGAGAGCACUACUUCUGGGGACUCAAUUCUUUUUGUGCAUUUUAAUAAAUUUAAUCUUUACCAA